AAGGAGUUGUUUCCACGUAUAUCAGUCAGUUUGGGGACCACGAACGAAUUGACAUCAAGAUGAAGUACAGUCUUCUUUUGCUGCUUGUUUUUGGCUUUGUUGCCUUCACCUUUGCUGCUCCUGCCAAUGAAGAGGAGAACCAAGACGAGCCUGAUCAAAAGGACAUCGAAGAAGAUCCUGAGGAAUCMGUUAACAAUGUGGCAAAAGUUGAAAACGACGAAGAUGAAAAUAGUGAAUCUCUGAGUGACGAAACCAAAAAUGAAAUGGCCGAGCCUGAGACCGAGAAAGAUGAGGCUGAAAAACCACGAAGAGAUCCAGGUUUAUGGCGACGUCGUCGUCGUCGUCGUCGUCGUCGCUGCUACAGACGCUGUUACUGGGCUAGAUGCCGACGUUGUCGUCGUAAAUGCCACUAUUACAGAUAUGGAUUCACUUGCUGCACUUAUUGCCGUUAUUAUAGAUGCAGACGUUGCCGCAAUGUUUGCCGCGGAUAAAGGACAUGACUGAUUUUACGGAAAGAUGGUACAAAAAAAAAAACACACAUCGAGACAUAACAAUAUAAAUUAGAGCUUAAAAAUUAACUAAAACGCUUGAGCUAAAACAACCCAAGAUCGGAAAAUAAGGAACAGUCAAUUAUUGCAUUUUCGUACCUUAUUUGUCUGAGCAAACGUCACCAAAAAGUAACUCAUGUGGAAGUGAUAAGUGAUUAGUGAUUAGGUUAUUUUACAAUGAGUACUUUAUGAAUCAUUGAAUUUUUAAGGCAAGAUAUGGCACUGUUGUAAUUAACAAGCUGUUGUAAAUUUCAUAAAUAAAGCAUUUGAAAAUCAAAGAA